GGAGCGGAGCCGCUGUUCUCAGCUGCAGCCAGGAUCUGCCCCCGGCCCCGCUGGGAUCCAGACAGGCUGCAGAAUGUUUUGCUCCAGCUCAUCCCAGCCUGGCGUGGGACAGGGAAGAGAAAUGGCUGCAGUGGAGUCAGUCCAGGGGCCGGUGACCUUCAAGGAGAUGGCUAUGUAUUUCACCAGGGAAGAGUGGGCUCUGCUGGACCCCACUCAGAGAGCCCUCUACUGGGAUGUCAUGCAGGAGAACUAUGAGACUGUGACCUCGCUGGGCCAGAGAAUAACAUCCAUGUUUGGCUGCAGAUCAUCUCGUCCUCCCAGGGGCAAGGAAAUGGCUGCAAUGGAGCUGGCUCAGGGGCCGGUGACCUUCAAGGAGGUGGCUGUGUAUUUCUCCAGGGAAGAGGGGACUCUGCUGGACCCCACUCAGAGAGGCCUCUACAGAGAUGUCAUGCAGGGGAACUAUGAGACGAUGGUCUUGCUGGGUAAGGAUUCCUGUCCCUUCUGUUCUUGGAAGGGGAAAUGAAGAGUGAAGGUUCAUGCCACCCCCACAAUGCCAUCUGUACCCUGUCCUGUUUCAGCAUUACCCCAAUAGGCCAGUAACAUACAUACUACCAGAGACCCUCCUCUGCUGCAGAACACUUUGGGAACAGAGCACAGGAGCAGCAUCACACAAUGUCAAA